CAUUGGCAAACGCAGCGGCCACAAACCACACAACAAGAGUCGAGUUCGCAAAACUAAGCCAACAACAACAAAUACCUAACUAUGAACGCUCUUAAAAUCUUCAUCUUUGUUGCGCUCUUCGCUGUGGCCUACUGCGCGCCCAGUCCCGGUUUCUUUGGCAAACAUGAACAUCAUACAAUCCAUGUGCCCUACAAGGUGCACACGGUGCAUCAUCAUCAUGUCCAGAAGAUCGCUGUGCCUGUGGUGAAGCAUGUGCCCGUCUACAAGGAGGUGCAUGUGCCGGUCUAUAAGGAGGUGCCCGUGCAUCAUGUGCAUCACGAAGAGAUUGUGCCCGUCCAUGUGCAUGAAGAUCAUCACGACUACCAUCACGACUUCCAUAAGGGCUGGUCAUCCUCCCUCUCACAUGGCUGGUAGAGCCAGAAAGACAGAGAGAGGCUUUGUAAAUAUCUGUACAAUUUAGUGAAAAGAA